AUGUCGGAGCAAGCAGCCAUUUCGGGAGAAAAUGCGAGAAAUCCAUCAGAGCUACUCUCGCAGAGUGCUAAUUCGACAUUGUCGGCUAUGGACCCCGCUGGUUCAAGUUACGGCUCGGCUCUCGAAUCCAAACCGCCUCAACUCGCGGAAGCCUCCCCAUUCGAACCUACCGGACUGAGUCGAAUCUCGAAGUCGCAAUGCGUAGCGGACGCAUCCGACACCGAUAUCAUCAUGACCGAAUAUUCCGUCGUUCCACCUACCAGGGUGCCGUCAGAAAGGUCGGCCGGUGCUGCUGCAUCUGAUCUCCAACCUCAAGCCAGCGAGAUGAUGGAAACAGAAGACAAUAACAUGACGCAGAGUUUCACUCGCAAACAAGAUUCUCCCAAGCACAGCCUGGGUCAAAACCUGCACCGUCUACCUCAAGUGCUCCUGGACGAACAUCAUCCGAGACUCGAAAUUAAUUCGUUAUGUUUCGAUGAUGAGGGCAUAAUACCCCGGAUAUUCUGCUCUUUUGUUACCAAAUAUGGCGCUUCUGUUAAUGUUCUCAGACGCUUCGGAUACAUGGCAACGCUGCUUUUCACAUUGAACUUCCAAAGCGAGGCGUUCCAGAUGUCACUUCGUAUUGUCGAUCAGAUCAAUCGUCAAGUGUCGGUUCAGGGACUUUCGCGUCAGCUUCUGCCAUUAUAUGUCAUAUCGUGUGCUCAAUUUGCUGGCUCAGUGGGCGAAAGAUUGGAAGCAAUGUCGCUUGUUCGACAGACAUAUAAUUGGCUGUCAAGGUGCCAUCUGUCUGGACAACACACCGGCCAACAGACUACUUCAUGUCUGGAGGCCCUCCUCCAAGUGGAGGAAGAUAACCCAGUGCAGCGAGACAAGGUGACGGCCUACUGGUUCUGGGACGCUGCACUCUCCGAUUUCCAGGAAGACGAAGAGCACUUUAUUUGGUCAGACAUGUUGGAAUGCAACAGCAUUGACAGCGCCUUUCAUUUUCUCCACGAGGACAGGGAUAUCUUGAAUUUAAUGAAGGAUGCAAUCACCAAGAUAAAGAAGAGUCUACAAGCCUAUAAGGAAGAAAUCGAUGGGGUAUGGUGUCGCCACCUACGAGCCUUCGAAGACGAUCUCUACAUAGGUCGAGAAUUGGCACGCUUAGUUUUGAAGCCUCGUGUGUUACAAGAUGCCGGACAUCUCGAUGAUCUGGUCUCUACUGAGAGCGCAGAAGAUCUUGAUAACUCAAUAAUUAUCUCCCGACUCCUGGAACCAAUCUUGUCAGUGAUGUGUGUUAUAAUCGGCAAGCAGGGGCGAAGAGAAUGGAUCGGUGGCGGACGUUGGAGCGCCUCAACCAGCAACUUCAAACUCUCAGCUAUGCUCAUGGAUGCGGCUCUGUCAAUCCAGCGAGCAGUAUGCCGUGGCCCGAAGGUUGAAGGUGAUGUCGUUGAUGGUUUGAUAACGGCCGACAGCUAUGAAGACUUCAUCGGCGCAUGUCUUCGCGAAUUGAAUGCCAGGAAGAUGAGGAAAUUCCCGUCAGAGGCAAUGGACGACAAAGACCUGAUUGAAAUGACGGCUCUCCUGGCGAAAGUAUCGAAUCACUCAGACCUUGAAUCAUUGGACAAAACAUUCUUGCCGUUGACACUCUGCGUUGUGCCGCCCAACUCACUCUUCCCAUCCAAAUUGAUCCGUCCCGCCACUCUCUCAAAUCCCCUUCACGUUGAAGCUAUAAGGGCCUACAGCGCAGAGACUUGGGCCGGCCCAUCUCUCGCCAGAUCUUGUACGUCGUCGAUAAGUUCGGGUUACAAGUCGUUCAAGGCAACAGCUGCUGCGCAUGGAAUGGUUGGAUCUAUGCAACCCCCAACGAUUCCUCCAGUUCCAAUGGUGAAUUGGUCGGAGCUUAUGAGCUUGAAGUUCCAUGCUGGGACAGGAUUCCCUUCGAUUCAUAUGACGAGUAUUCCUUCCGUCAUCUCAACCCGCGACUUUGAGUGUCACUCCGUCGACGAAGACAUAGUCUUGUGA